UUGAGGUUAUAAAAUUUGUUUUUACGUAUUUGCCAAUUGAUAUCAGUUAUCGUAAAAUGUAAUAUACCUAAUGUUCCUUCUUUAAAUCUUGGUGCUUCGCAAGAAAAAAGGGUCUACUUCCUCUUCUUUCUCUACGGCAAGCAGCAUACUGUGCAUCUCUUCAGUAUUUUACUUCCGUAUUCCGAUUUAACUGUUCUAAGAAGUUCGUCCUUGCCUCUUCUCUUGCCUUGGACAUGGCUGCAGCUACCGCCGAAAUACCGCUCACGAAAAAGUUGGACUAUACUAUCCACAGUUAUUCAAGCUAUUCGCCAACCUACGUCCCAGAGAAUAUUCGCGAAGACAAAUCUAAUGAUCAAACUUCUCGUUGGUCCUCGGACUCAAACAAUCCACCUCAGUUUUUGACUCUCAAAUUAGUUUCAACCAGUAUUGUCCAGUCCAUCACAUUUGGAAAGUAUGAGAAAGCUCAUGUGUGUAACUUGAAGAAGUUCAAAAUUUAUGGCGGCCUAAAAGAAGACAAUAUGAUUGAGCUUUUAAGCAGUGGUCUGAAAAAUGACUCAAACCCUGAAACAUUUGAGCUCCGGAACAAAGUUAGUGGAAAUUACUUUCCGUGCAGAUUCAUCAAAAUUUUGCCUCUUCAGUCAUGGGGCCCCAGUUUUAAUUACAGUGUAUGGUUUGUCGAACUAUCUGGUAUCGAUGAUAGGACUCAGGUUCAACAGAGCAUGGACUGGUUUCAUACGUAUCAAGAGCAAGAACUAAUUAGGUUGUGUAUGAAACAUUUCCGAAAAAUGAACUACACUAGGGCAUUAGAGGCCCUCUACAGUGAGACUAAAGUAAAGCUUGAGCAUCCUGCUUUGAGCAACUUGUAUGAUAUAUUAGUUAAUCAAGGCGACUAUGAUUCAGCUCAGACGUUUAUUGCUGAUGCUGCAACAAAGGGCCUCUUUAAGAGGUAUAUCUCAGAGCAAGAGUACAGAGCAAUUUGGCGACCUAUGCAGUGUGCAGGAGGGAGACGUCCAGGCAUGCGAGGUGGCCACCAGAUGUGUAUUGAUGUUGUCUCAGAAACUAUCUAUCUCAUCGGAGGUUACGAUGGCAAUCAUGAUCUGAGCGAUCUUUGGUCUUACCAUAUUCCUAGCAAUCAGUGGACUCUAAUAUCCUCAGACACCGAGUCUGAUGGUGGGCCCAGUGCAAGGUCCUGUCAUAAAAUUUGUUUCGAUCCGGAAAGGAGACAAAUUUUUACUCUAGGGCGGUAUUUAGACAUCCAGUUUAGGACACCAGAAAAUUUGAAAAGUGAUUUUUAUGUAUAUGAUAUCGAAAGUAACAGCUGGACCCUUAUCUCGGACGAUACAGCAUCUGUAGGAGGACCGCAGCUUAUUUUUGAUCAUCAGAUGUGCAUGGAUGUCCAAAAAUCAGUUAUCUAUGUGUUUGGAGGAAAAAUUCUCACACUCACAAACAGUGGCUCUGAUGAACGGCUAGGUAAUGAUAUGCCAUCAGUUAAUGAACCUGUUUUUUCUGGACUCUACUCUUAUCAUGUCCCAAUGAACAUUUGGACUUGUAUCAAUACCACUGGAUCUCAGUUGCGUUGUCGAAUGGGUCACUCUAUGCUCUUCCAUCCUUGUUCUAGAAAAUUGUACGUUUUUGCUGGUCAGCGGAACAAAGAGUAUCUGAAUGAUUUUUUUUCAUACGAUGUGGACACAGGCUCUAUCGAGCAAUUCUCUGAAACAACAAGGAAAGAUGCUUCCGGACUGUCAGCGGGAGGAUUCACCCAAAGAGCAACUAUUGAUCCAGAUUUAGAUGAAAUCUAUGUUCUUUCAGGCUUGAGUAAGGACAAGGAAAAACGUGACGAUAGUGUUCAAAACUCUUUGUGGGUAUAUUACAUCCGUCAGAAACAAUGGUCUUGCAUCUAUCGGAAUGAAAAUCAGGGAGAGCAGUAUUGGAAUCGCAUGCAAUAUGUCGAGCCUUGUCCCAGAUUUGCCCAUCAAUUAGUCUAUGAUCAUGUGAACAAGGUUCAUUACUUAUUCGGUGGAAAUCCUGGUCGCACAUGUCUUCCGAAAUUACGCCUUGACGAUUUUUGGCAGCUCCAGUUGAGCCGCCCAACCACCGAACAAAUUGUACAGCGUUGUAGCCUUUUAAUUAGAAAACAUAAGUUCCAAGACUUGGCAUUGAAAGACACAUACAGUGCUCUCAACUUCCUUCAAACUUCCUUAUCAGAGAUUAUAGACCAUAGUGAUCCACAGCAAGCAAAUGAAUUUCGACUGAUGGCAGCUUUGUUGUUCCAAACUCCUAAAGAUGCACCGGGGAGGAAAACUGAUUGCGGUCAUCAUCAGAGAGUGCAACUCUUUGAACAGAUCACUGAAUUUUUUGCCUCUGACAUGACUCAACCGAAAAAAAAUUUAAUUGAUCUCAUUCCUCUGUAGCAAGAGUUUUCCUCUAGUCCCUCGCUUCAAGUCCUGAACUUUUUCUGCUAAAUUGUCCUCUGUAUAAUUGUGAUUAGGAUUGAAACCUGAAAAUUUGUCAUUGUAGAAUGUUGAAUUUUAAUCUUGAAUAAGUUUAUUACAGGAUGAAAUCAUAAUACCUGUGCACAACUAUUUUAAACGUAGACAUUCAUUCAUUUCCAGAAGACGUCAUCAUCUUCAAAUGAGUGAAAAGUCAUGUGGUUGCUGUAUGUAUCAACAAGAAAUAAACAAAAAAUUAGGUCCUAAUGACAUCUUUCAUCUUGAGCUGUUUUGUUUGAGUCUUAGAAACUGUUUCUUGACUGCAAGUCUUUAUUGAGAGAACUUUUUAUGUCUCAUUUAAAAGUAAGAAAUAUUCAUUAAAGUUAAAAGUAUCUGAUAACAUUAGUUUAUCUUUCAGCUCAGUUUUAAUUUUAAAUGUAAUUUUUUGGCUCGUUCUGUUCGAACUGUUAAAACUCAUUUUCUUUUCCUGUAUUCUUAGGAUUUAAUAGUUUAAACUGUAUUAGGCAAUUGAAGCAAAAUCAAGAAAGUCAGAAAGCUAUUUAAUCCAUAUUUGUCCUAAAAAUGAUCAACCACCCAUGUUAUAAAAAAAGGGUGAUAUUUCUUGGAAGUCCCACCCUCUAAGCUGUUCCUUUAUUGUGUUAGUGCCCUGUAUUUUUUUAAAUUUAUUUUUAUGAGAAUGAAUUAAAAGUAAGUGUACCAAGAAGCUAUAGUUUUCCAGAUUUGGUAACAGUUUUACGGAGAAAUUGUCUGUUUCCUACACCCACCUCUUCUCCAAAUUUGCCCUCUUUUCAUAUGCUGUGGAACUUUACACAAACACUAAGUCAACGUCCUCAAAAAAGAGGGCAGUUGAAGUUGUUGGAAACAUCAGAAAGAUCGUUCUCUAAUAUUGCAAUUUAAUCCUCGACAAAAUCACCUGCCAGAUUCUUUCACUUUCCAAGUCAUAAAAGCAACUUCCUUUCAAAAUCUCUGUAGAAACCAUGCCUCUUAGUCCUGAGUUAAGGUUUGAAGCGAAGCUGUUACCUUUACAUUAGCGCUGAAACGCUUCCAUGUGUGUCUCCAAGAAACGGUAGGUAUCUUGGAGGGUUUACCUAUAUUCUUAUUUUCCAGAUUUUUCAUCUGAUGAUGUGCACCUUUUUGUUAAGAUGGAGCAACUCAGCUAUGUCACAGAGAUGGCAGCUCUGCAUGAACUUCUGAUUUUGGACUGAAAAGCAUGUUUUUUAAGGAUUUUAUGCAAAAGUUGAUGUUUUGUGCGAGAAUCAGGCAGCAGUUUUAGGAAGUACAUUUCAAUGCUUGAGAGUAAUCUUUCUUUUGUUUUGAUUGACUGAAAAACACUUUUUGACGUACACUUUAUGUUUUGGAAGACAUGACCUGAUUCUUUGUCUGAAGUUUUGGAGAGAAAUGCAAUGUGAGGAAAUUUGGAGGAGAGAUAGGUCCACAAUAUAUUUGCAAUACUUCACGGAAAUUUUUAUAACAAUAGAAAAGCGAAGAGUAUGUCCACUAUUACACUAGUUUGAUGAUACUCCAGCUGGUCUUGAUAUUUUUCAAGAUGAUAAUAGGUAAACUUAUUUAAGAAUCCGCCCCUGUAGGUAAGUAUUUUACCAUUCAUGCAAUUUUUUCAUUUGACUGUUACAUUAAAAAUUGUGAAACAAAGUCAUUAGGUCUCCUUGUUACCACUUAAAACAAUUGUUAUCCCUUCUGUGUGCAUUUUAAUUAUAAACAGUUUUUGCUUCCCAA